UUUUCUUCUUUCGAACGUCCAAAGGAUAAGGGAAAUUUGAAAGUCUGUUAUAUUCCUUUCACGCAUCAAGGAUAGUUUCUUUCAUUCGGUACUUACAGAUCGAAAGCUUUCUAGGGUUCGGGCAUGAGGGACUCGAAUACGGACCUAUUUGAUCCCUGCUCGACCAUGGAGUCGGACUUCCCUCCGAGUGGGCUUGCCACUGGGUCCGGCUCAGACUCGGACUUCGCAUUCGCCUUCAACGACAGGAAUUUCUCCGACCGGGUCCUGAGGAUUGAAAUAAUCCCUGAUUUUCCCGAGAUAAAAUCGGACGGCGAGGGUUGCAUCAGCGUCGCUGAUUGGGCCCGCAAUAGGAAGAGACGGAGGGAGGAGAUUAAGAAUGAGACUAUGUUGGAUAUCCUUGUGCAACACGAGGCACAGAUUCUAAAUUGUAACGUGCCAGAAACAGUGGAUGGUUUGGGCUAUGGAAAUCAAGAUGAGGAAGCUGAGGCAAUGAUUGAGGAAGUACCUUUAGGUGUUGAUAUUAAUUUGAAUCAACAUGAUGAUGAAGCUGGACCUAGUAAUGAUUCAUCAUUGAGCAUGGACUGCUUGACAGUGUUGAGAGUCAAAACAUUACACAUAAGCUCUCCAAUUUUAGCCGCAAAGAGUCCAUAUUUUUAUAAGUUGUUUUCAAAUGGCAUGAGAGAGUCAGAGCAGCGACAUGUAACUCUACAGAUACAUGCAUCUGAAGAAGCAGCCCUCAUGGACCUUCUUAAUUUUAUGUACAGUAAUACGUUGUCAACAACUACAUCUGCUGCUUUGUUGGAUGUGCUGACGGCUGCUGAUAAAUAUGAGGUUGUGUCAUGUAUGAGAUAUUGUAGCAGGUUAUUGGGGAACUUGCCAAUGACUCGCGAAUCAGCAUUGCUAUAUUUAGAUCUUCCUUCUAGUGUUUUAAUGGCUGAUGCAGUCCAGCCAUUGACUGAUGCAGCAAAACGGUUUCUUGCGGCGCACUAUAAAGACAUAACUAAGUCUCAUGAUGAGGUGUUGAACUUGCCCCUAGCCGGUGUUGAGGCAGUAUUGUCCAGUGAUGAUCUCCAGGUGCCUUCAGAGGAUAUUGUUUAUGACUUUGUGCUGAAAUGGGCUCGUAAAAACUACCCAAAACUUGAGGACCGAAGAGAGAUCCUUGGCUCACGACUUGGUUGCCUUGUUCGUUUUCCAUACAUGACCUGCCGAAAGCUAAGGAAGGUUUUAACCUGCAAUGACUUUGAUCCUGAACUGGUAUCAAAGGUUGUGCGCGAGGCUCUCUUUUUCAAGGCUGAGGCACCAUACCGGCAGCGUUUUCUUGCUGCAGAGGAGGCCAGUGCCAGCUGUAGGCGAUACGUGGAGCGGGCAUACAAAUAUCGCCCUGUCAAGGUGGUCGAAUUUGAACUACCUCGUCAGCAGUGUAUUGUUUACCUGGACCUGAAGCGGGAAGAGUGUGCACAUCUGUUUCCGGCUGGUAGGCUUUACUCACAGGCUUUUCACCUCGGUGGGCAGGGAUUUUUCUUGUCAGCCCACUGCCACAUUGACCAACAAAGCUCAUUACACUGCUUUGGGCUAUUCUUGGGGAUGCAAGAGAAGGGACCAGUCAGUUUUGCCGUUGACUAUGAUUUUUCAGCGAGGUGCAAGCCAUCUGAGGAGUAUGCGAGCAAGUACAAAGGAAAUUAUACUUUCACUGGAGGGAAGGCUGUUGGAUAUCGCAAUCUGUUUGGAAUAGCAUGGACAGCAUUUAUGGCUGAUGACAGCCUCUAUUUCAUCAAUGGUAUCCUCCAUCUGAGGGCUGAGCUCACAAUCAGGCAAUGAGUCCUAUUCAGGUCUCAUUUUGUGGAGCUUUGGGGCGCUCUCUCUCUCUCUCUCUCUCUCUCUCUGGGCCCGCCUAGUGACACUAUGUAUAAAGAGGCUGUGUAAUAGUAGCAUUAGCGAUCAUGCCACAGUUGAGGUACAAGCAUAAAAAUGGGUUCUCUCCUCU